GCCGUGACUAAGGAUUCACGCGGUAGACUAUGAAUGUAGGUUAUCGAUUCACGUGACAAUCGAUAAGGGUAAAGCGAAUGUGCAGUGAAUUGUCGCUUUCUAAAUUGUCAGACCGAUGGAGAAAAAUUUUCAAGAGUAUCCGCGCGAAUAAAGAGAGAAAUACACGACACCUAAACUAAAAAAUUGUGAAAUUAAGUGGAAAAUAAUGUAUCGCGACGAUAACAAUAAUCUGGUGUGUUGUGCUGACAAUAAAUCCAAAUGGCGGAUAACCGUAAUUUCCAAAAACUAUACAAUCAGGAAACAUUUAAAGAACUGGCAGGUUCGCAUCGAUCUACUAUUGAUUCAUUUAAUUUCUCUUAUUUUGCUGUUAUCUUAUUGAUCGCUUUAAAACUACAGAUCUCCCCGAGAAACGACUUGAACAAAGAUCUGCGAGCGACUGUAACGGCUGCGAAAUUGAAAACUAAUUCACAAUAUGUGCUUGAGAAAGUAGAAACCGCGAAUGUCGGGAUCUCUUGCAAUCGCGAAGACCUAGACGAAUUGUUGGAAGUGCAGAAGGACGAAGUCGAUCGUAACGGGAACACAGCAUUAAAGAAGUACUUAGAGUUGAUAAUGGACGCAGAGAUCAGGAUCAAUUGUCUGCUGAAGAUCCUGACGAAAGCCAUAAGCGAGCACAAAUGUUACGUAAUUCACGGCACGUUUCCGACUCUGAGAAGACCGUUGGCGAAUAGAGGCUGGAUCGAGAAAAGAGCGAUUAGGAAAAUGAUCUCGACUUCCGACAUGUACGCAGAUGGCACAGAGCAGAUCGAAAAAUUGCUACGCACUCCCGCUGAUUUGAUAUGGUAUACAAAUAGGAAGCUGCCUAUUAUCAGAGCGGACGAGAGAACGAUCGUUAAUAAAUUUGCCGGGAGUUAUUUCACGUCCAAGGUCGACAUGUGUAACAAUUUGGAGAACGCGUGUUGGUUUCACGAAGAUGGCGUGUCUUGCAUACACUUCCCUCGAUGCUACAAUGUCUGUCAGCCGGCGCAAGUGGAGGAGUUUAUACAAGAUUAUUACAUCACCGCGUGUUUGGGGAUUCUCAAAUGGUUUUUGUUGUUCGCCAGCCUGAUAGGAUCAAAAGACACUUGCUCUCCGAACGGAACGAUUCCCGUAAACGCGAUUUCGUUCGCCCUAGAUCGUUGCGCAGAAUAUAUAAGCAUCCAAAUGCACGAGGACAUAGAUCGCAAAGAGCACGUACGCGUGUCUGUCGCUGCCUGGCAUCAAUUUUUAGAUUGGUUUGACAAAAUAAUAAACAAGCACGCUUUGUUGGAAAAAAGCGACGAAGUCGACACGAAGGAGCUUGUAAUACUGUCGCGCGAUAUGGUGAGAGCAAUGACGAAAUAUCGAGCGCAAAGUAGAUACGACGGCGUGCGCAAUAUCUGGAUUUUGAAACCAGGUGACAAUAGUUUGGGACGUGGAAUCGUAUUGAAGAAUUCUCUGAUCGAUAUACUUGCCAAGGUCAAUCAAGCGACGAAGGAGAACACUCAGUACGUCAUACAGAAAUAUAUAGAGCGCCCGUUGCUUGUUCAUAAGACGAAGAUAGACAUCAGGCAGUGGUUCUUGAUAACAAACAUGCAACCUCUCGUCGUGUGGAUGUACAAAGACGUCUUGAUACGAUUCGCGUCGAGAGACUUCAAUCUCAGCGAUUUUCACGAGUCCAUCCACUUGUGCAAUACAACCGUGCAGCUGAAGUAUCGCAAAUUACCUAGACGCAGUUCCGAUGUACCUGAGGAGCUUCAUUGGAAUCUUCAGAACUUCAAAGAUUAUCUUCAAUCGCGUGAUCAAGAGCUGGCUUGGGAGAGCACUAUCAAGCCGGGGAUAAAGCAAAAUUUGAUAGGCGCGCUUCUGGCGUCUCAAGAUAACAUGGUGAAUCGUAAAAACAGUUUCCAGCUGUACGGCGCUGAUUUCCUAGUGGCGGAUGACUUUUCCGUGUGGUUGCUGGAGAUAAAUACAAGUCCGCGAUUGCAUCCGCCGAGCAGUCAGGUCACCGCAAAACUCUACCCGGAAGUGAUAGAGGACGCGAUGAAAGUGGUUUUAGAUCGCCGUAAAAAUAAAACAGCGCCUCACGGAAGAUUCGAGUGUAUUUACAAACAACGUAAUCCGCUGUGUAGCGUUAAGGUCAUGGGACAAGGCGCGAGUCUUGGUAUUCGUGGCAAAGGUUUAUACGCCACCCCGAAAUCACCGCCAAGAUCGCAGUUUUAACGUAGCCGCAUAUCGUGGCCGAAAAUCGCGUCUCCGAAAUCUCAUUUCGUAAAGAAUCGCUUCAAUUUCAGUCUAGUAACGGAUCAUUCGUCCAAUCGUGAUGAGAGCAAUUUCGUAUUAGCAUACAUACGAUUUUACAUCUAAUAUCAUGCCAGUUUAAGAGAGGAUCUAAACGAAAGAUUUAACAUUAGACAAAUAUGAAACGAAUAUUUCUUUUUUCUUUUUUCAAAUAAAAGCAGUUUUUGUCCGACAUGCACGUCAUCAUGAUUCUCUUCAAUAUCUUCUGUAUAUUGGUAAACUUUCGGAAUUUUAACAUUUUCGUCUCUACACAUAACCGUUAUCGUCAGAAAAUAUAUCCCGAUCAAAAUUCAAAAUAAGGUCCAUUCUUGAAUCAUUCAUUGCGUUCUUGUGUGGAUAAUUUAAUCAUAGUUCUAUCUGUAAGUCAAAGUAUAUGAACUGUUCAUAGAGAAUCUUUCGGAAUUAACUCUUUUGCUCGACUUGUUCUGAUUUACAAAACUCAAUGCAAUUGUUGUACGAGUACAUUCAUGCUCCUUUUUUUUUUACCAAACGUCGCGCGACGUAGAAGAAUUAAUCAUAAGAUUUAUUAAAAACUUGUUUAUUUUACAAGUAACAAUGCAUAAGUAUACAAUUUCACAUAAACUGAAAUUUUCUUUUUCACAAAAAACAAUAUGUGUACAUAUGGUUAUAGUAUGUCUACAUAUAGGAUGAUGCCAUACCCUCAUUCAUACGUUAUUUACGUAUAAAUUUCUCUACUCUUUCAUAAUUAUUCCUAUAGCUAUAUAUUCUCUGUUUCUUUUGUGUUUUACUUUUGAUUUAAAAAAUGCUAUCACCAUCGUUAUUAUUUGGCAGAAUACAUUCUGCAUCAGUAUUUCGCAUUAGAUUCUAAAAAUGUGAUUAUGUAUGUAAUGAAACGAUGCCAUUGUAAGAUGUUCGGCAAUUAACAUUGCCAUAAAAAUUUGCCACUUCACUAUUAAAAUAGUGUUAGAUUUUACAGAUGGCCGUACACACCAACCUUGGAAAAAGGAAACAAUCGUCGUGUAUCGUAUUCAGCGCUCAAUGUAAAGUUAUAUUCAGUCAAUCUAACGACUCGACAUUAGAAGUUAUAUUCUAUUAUCAAUGAAUUUUCAUGUAUAACGUAAUUAAUUACAAGUGAUUUAUCACUCACUGAAACAAAAUCAUUAUGCCCUUUGUACAUUAAGAUAAUAUAAGACCUACAAUAUACAGAUUGCAUAUGUGUCGUAAAACACA